AUGCGAAUCAACACCCCGCUCGCGCUGUAUGCCGUACUCGUAGGUAUCGCUGCACAGACGGUUGUGGAUGGAUGUCCAAAAGGCGUGUACGCUUGUCUGGAUGUGAUCAACUCAAAUUUGUGCAUAUCUCAGAAUGCUAUGAGAGGGACGAGAGAGGAUCUGAUCAAUUGUGUAACAUACGAGAACAGUGCAAGUAACUUGACAGGGGCUGAGAAGGUAAACCAGCUCGCACGAAACAAUGUCGUUUGUAGGCAAUAA